GGGCAGGACCGGCGCGGCGAGGUCGACGACAGUGUCUCAACGUCGCUUUCGAGAUGGAGGCUCUGGUUUUGUGGAUCUUUGUGACGGGGAUUUACGGGGCGUCGCCUCGGGAUGACCGGCUACUAGCUGUUCAGGAAUGCCCCGCGGAUACCCCCUGGGGAUCGGGCAACUUCAGUCACGCCGACUGCGAUGUGCGUGAUCCACUUGCUUGCAAUGGUCUGGGAACCUGUGACUGCGGAACGUGCAAAUGCAAAGAGCGAGAUAACCCAGAGGAGACGGUCAGCGGGCGGCAAUGUGAGUGCACUAACUUCCUCUGCAAUAACUUCCUCGGGCUCUACUGUUCGGGACCCGACCACGGCCAGUGCGUUUGCAACAAGUGUGAGUGCAAACCCGGGUGGACAGGGGAGGAUUGUGGGUGUAGCGAAAGUGUCGAGAACUGCAAGAAUCCUCUGACGGGAGAAAUAUGCUCGAACCAGGGGAUUUGCGAGUGCAAUAGUUGUCGUCAGUGCGAUUUCGUAAAAGGUGGGAGGUGUUCUGGCAAGUGGUGUGAAAACUGCCCAGACCCGGACAGGAGGAGGAGACACAGGAACAAAGAGGAGAGGGAGCAGCGAAGAAGAGAAAGGAAGCAAAGGAAGAAACAAAGGAACGGAGGUGAGGAACCGCCAGCUGUAUCAGAAGGUCGGAAUUCGACAGCCGAGUUGUGUCCCAAGGACACUCCCUGGGGACCGGAGGCCUUCGAUGACUCCUCCUGCAAGGAAACGAGGGCAUCAAGUCCAUGCAGUGGUCGAGGAACCUGUACAUGUGGACAGUGCAGCUGCGAUUCAACCCCUAACCACCUGGAGAUUAUCAGUGGGCAGUUCUGCGAAUGCACCAACUUCCUCUGCGAUCGACACAAUGGACUUCUCUGUUCGGGACCCGACCAUGGCGAAUGCAUCUGCAAUAGGUGUCGGUGCAAACCUGGGUGGACAGGAGAAGCCUGCGAGUGUGAGGAAAGCGUGGAGAAUUGCAGAAACCCUGUGACUGGAGAAAUCUGUUCAAACCAAGGCAUAUGCGAGUGCAACAUGUGUAGAUGCAGCGCCUCAGCGGGUGGGAGGUAUUCUGGCAAGUGGUGUGAGGACUGUCCAACCUGUAGAGGCAGCUGUCUUGAGUACAAAUCUUGCGUUCAAUGCCAGGCAUUUGGCACAGGAGAUUUAAGCGAGGAUGAGUGUAUGCAAGAGUGCAAGCUAUUCAACUCCACAAUGGUGCAAGUUGCCAGAGAAGAAACAGAAGAAGAACGUUUAUGCACCUUCUUUGACGAAAAUGAAUGCCGCUUCUACUUUGUUUACGGCUAUGACGAAGAUAGAAAUCCGAUUGUACGAGUGCAGGAAACCCUCGACUGCCCUCCGACCUUUGGUGCUGGAGCAGGAUCCACAGCUGUAUCAGAACGUCGGGAUUCGACAGCCGAGUUGUGUCCCAAGGACACUCCCUGGGGACCGGAGGCCUUCGAUGACUCCUCCUGCAAGGAAACGAGGGCAUCAAGUCCAUGCAGUGGUCGAGGAACCUGUGCAUGUGGACAGUGCAGCUGCGAUUCAACCCCUAACCACCUGGAGAUUAUCAGUGGGCAGUUCUGCGAAUGCACCAACUUCCUCUGCGAUCGACACAAUGGACUUCUCUGUUCGGGACCCGACCAUGGCGAAUGCAUCUGCAAUAGGUGUCGGUGCAAACCUGGGUGGACAGGAGAAGCCUGCGAGUGUGAGGAAAGCGUGGAGAAUUGCAGAAACCCUGUGACUGGAGAAAUCUGUUCAAACCAAGGCAUAUGCGAGUGCAACAUGUGUAGAUGCAGCGCCUCAGCGGGUGGGAGGUAUUCUGGCAAGUGGUGUGAGGACUGUCCAACCUGUAGAGGCAGCUGUCUUGAGUACAAAUCUUGCGUUCAAUGCCAGGCAUUUGGCACAGGAGAUUUAAGCGAGGAUGAGUGUAUGCAAGAGUGCAAGCUAUUCAACUCCACAAUGGUGCAAGUUGCCAGAGAAGAAACAGAAGAAGAACGUUUAUGCACCUUCUUUGACGAAAAUGACUGUCGCUUCACUUUUGUUUACGGCUAUGACGACGAGAGAGACCCCGUUGUGCGAGUGAAGCAAACCCUUGAAUGUCCACCGCCGAGUUUUGGAAGGGGAACAGUUUUUCUCGGCCCGUCGAACAAGUCCCCGACGUGUUUCGCGAGGGCAGGAGAACCGGCGCUCUUUGGCCACUGCCGCCAGAGGACGUUGCGCUUCCACUACGUGCCCGAGAGAGAUCGGUGUGAACCCGUCAGUGUCUGCGGAGGAAAUGCAGGCACGUUUCCCUCUCCCGGAGUAUGCCAGAGAGCUUGCCACACUGGAGCGCCGCCUGUGUCUGACGUCUCCUGCGACAGAUCCCUGUGUCCUUGGUCAAGAUGGUCGCACUACCUGGUCAAGAAAUGCCAACCUCUCUAUGACAAGGGCUUCUGCUGUCCGACGCGCUUCUCUUGCCCACGGGAGACACAGCUGAUGCGGGACUCCACCAGGUGUUACUACAGAGGGUCCUUUUACCUGCCUGGAGAAGAAGUGCCCUUACGAAAUCCAUGUCUUGGCACUUGUCGCUGUGUUCUUGGUGCUUUGCCCGCUAUUGAGUGCCAAAGUGAGUGCCAAGACAUGGAUCAACCAGGACCAGGAUGCCGACACCUGUUCAACCCAGGAGCAUGUUGUCCGCAUGCCCAAAAUUGCGAAGAACAAGAUGCUCCCGUGGAUCCAAGAGACAAGGUGACCUGCUCUUGGGGGAAUAAAACGUACCUCGAAGGUGAGCGGAUGACCUCAGAUGACCUUCCUUGCCAGGCGUGCGUGUGUACUUCCUCUUUUACCGACAUCACAGGUUAUGGCUGUUACAAAAUGGACUGCGGACUUGAGAGGUUCAUUUCAAAGUUGCGAAGUGGCUGCACUCCCAUUUUCUAUGAGAAGAAGUGCUGUCCCACUGACUGGCUGUGUCCUGGUGACCCACGCAUCUCAACCUCAUCGACCAGGAAGCUGACACAGAACCAAGAAG